UUCCUUUCCCUGAUCCCUCCGCAAACGGCCUAAGCUCUUCUCCGCCGCCUCCACCUCCUCACCGGCCGAGAACCACAACAUGGUCCACCCCGCACGGCUCCCCCCUACCACCAGCCCCCUCCGCAACUCCCCCAGGGCGUCGCAGGAAAAAUCCUCCCCCCGUUACCUCGCCGAUCCCAUUCUCCCCUGGCUCCGGUCGAUCCGCAAGGCUUUCGAUGAUUUCAGAAGAGAUCCUGACGGCACCACCGCCGCUCCCUUCAAGAAUCUCUUGGAAGACUGCAUCAACAAUUUCGCGGAUGACAAGCGCUACCGCAACGACGUCAGAUUCCUCAAGAUCUGGAUCCUCUAUGGUGACGCGAUUCAAGAUUUCAAAAGGGUCUUCGAGAUGCUGGAGGUGAAAGGAAUCUGCCAAACUCACUCUCUGCUCUACGAGUCGUAUGCGCUGUUUCAUGCUUACAAAGGAAAUCUGCUGGCGGCCCACGAUGCUUAUCAUCUUGGCCUGUCCAGGAUUGCUGAGCCUCCAGACAGGCUCAAGAAGAUGCACAACUUGUUCCUAGAAAUUAAUCAGAAUGCCAGACCCGAUCCCAAGAUUGAUAUGACCGGAUUUUCAAGGCAGGAGCCGAAUUAUAUAGACCCAUGGUCAGCUUCUACCAUCAGCAAUCUACUGAAAAGGAUGGAUUUGGACAUCAAAAAGUAUAAUGGUUAUUAUCGGAGCAGUAAGAUCUAUUCAGGGAAAGUAUCCCUGACUUCUCUACAGAAUUCUUCAAGAAAUAAAAUUGUUGAGCUAGGUAAUAGUAAAUACCAGAUCAGAGGCUGUUCGGGCCUGGGUGGAUUUGCUCAAGUAUAUAAAGCUUAUAUUGACAGCAAUCCUGAUGAUGUAGUUGCACUAAAGAUUCAAAAGCCUGCAUAUCCUUGGGAAUUUUACAUGUAUCGCCAACUUGAUAAGCGCGUCUCUGAUGUUGAGAGGCCAUGCUUUGGAUUUGCUCAUAAAGUGCAUAUCUUUUCUGACUUGAGCGUUCUAGUUUGUGACUAUUUUUCUCACGGAACUCUUCAGGAUGCUAUCAAUUCCCAUCUGGUAAUGCAGAAGCCUAUGGAAGAAGUACUGUGCAUUUAUUACACAAUAGAGUUGCUGCGCAUGCUUGAAAUUUUGCAUAGUGUUGGCAUAAUUCAUGGUGAUUUCAAGCCAGAUAAUCUUCUUGUUCGGUACGCAAGGGAAGAUUUGUCGGAGGAUACAUUCAACAGCAGGCCCGGACCUUGGCGUGAUCAGGGACUAUGCCUUGUCGACUGGGGAAGGGGGAUAGAUCUGAGCCUUUUUCCAGCUGGUAUAGAAUUUCAUGGGGACUGCCGAACUUCUGGAUUUCGUUGUGUUGAGAUGCAGGAAAAUCGAACAUGGACAUAUCAAGUUGACACUUAUGGACUCUGUGUUAUUGUGCAUAUGAUGCUUCAUGGAUCUUACAUGACUGUCGAAAAGAAGGUUAAUCCAGAUGGAAGCCAUCACUAUCAACCUAAAUCACCACUCAAAAGGUAUUGGAAUGUUGCUUUGUGGAAAAACCUCUUUUCUGGAUUGCUCAACAUACAGUCCAAUGACAGUGACGUACCCCUGCUGCAGAGUUUAAGAAGAUCCUUUGAGGAGUACAUUGGCAGUAACCCACAACUUAUAAAUAAAUUAAAACAUUUACUGGUGAAGCAGAAGGCAUCCUUGUGUUCAGCUUAGCCCGUUCUCUGGCCCAAAUUUAUCAAUAUUAUCUGUUCAUUCAACUAACUAAGAUUGUAUAACAUCCAAUGUACAUAACGGAUUGGACAGUAGCUGCAUACCAUAAAUCUCAUGGUAUGAUAUGUUUGUCUGUUUGACUUGCAUGAGCUUGCACUCUGAAGCCAUGUCAAGUGAAUGAAGCUGUAAGCAGUUGUUUAGUGUCUUCA